UUCGAACAAAAAUGUGUAGUCUGAUGUGCCGUUGUCCGUAAAUUCAAAGUUGUAAUUUUUUUCCAUCCUCUAAGAUUUUUUCUAUCUCUGUUUUUAUAGAUUGUGCGUGCUAUUUUUCCAUUCUCUUAAGAUGCUAUGCUUAGACUUUUUCCAUCCUCUAAAGUGCUAUGCCAAUAUCAAGAGUGUAUGAUCUAGGGCCAAUAUUUUGAGAAAUAGUAACGAACAGUACAAUAAUAAUGUCGCGACAGGAGAAAAAGUGGAAUAAACCUGGCCACAGUAGCUGGGGAAAAAUGCAGAGCUCUCGCGCACACCCGCCCGGUUUAAAAGGCAAGCAAAUCGGGCUUUAUUUCAGAGACCAAAAACGCAGAUCGAAGCUCUCCAAAGAACAUAGUAAUGUAAAACCGAGAAAGCAAUUCAUGAUAAAUUUCCAACUACCUCCAGCAGUAGAAAACAAACUUCGUAUGAACCUACAGACAAUUGCGAUAAUAGCAGAACGCCUCAACAUUCCUUUAGUCAAGUGUGAAGGUUUACCGUUAACACAAAAUCAAUUUGCAUCUGAUGUAGAAUUUAUAAACUUUGAAAAGGAUGAUAUUAAUCAAGACAAGUCCUUGGAUAAUGUGUUCAAAAAGCCAAAACCUGUAGUGUAUAAACAAGAAAAAAUUGAAGGUCAAGAAUUGCCCGGGACUUCAUCUGCAGCUAAUUUUAUUCCCAUUGAUGACGCCGCCCAGAGUGAAUACGUACUUGACAAAAGACUACUAUCUCUUAGAGGUGGUGGUGACUAUAAAUAUGGUUAUGAAGAUAUAAUAACAGGAACCUUUGAUGAAAAACUUGAUGAAUCUCUGGCUAAGGGUAUCAGUAUUAAUAUGUGCACAGAAGACAUUCUAGAAUUGAAUGCUCGUUUUUGUGGUGAAUAUCAAGAUAUGCUAAUAAGAAAAAAGUAUAAAGAAAUGAAAGAAUUUCGAGAUAGAUUACCUACUUAUAAAAAGUCACAAGAAUUGCUUGAUGUCAUAAAUAAUAAUCAAGUUGUUGUUAUUAGUGGAGAAACUGGUUGUGGGAAAUCUACUCAGGUGCCACAAAUAAUUUUAGAUGAUGCAAUUUGUAAGGGCAAAGGCGCAAAUGUAAAGAUCCUAGUCACACAGCCUCGACGUAUUGCCGCCUCGUCUCUCGCUGCUAGGGUGGCCGAGGAAAGGGCUGAACCUAUGGGCAGCUCUGUUGGGUAUGCUGUUAGGUUGGAGAAAGUAGACGCUCGAAGUCGGGGCAGCAUAAUGUUUGUGACAACAGGGAUUCUGCUGGCUGAGCUUGAAGUAAACCAAGGUCUGGUUAACAACAGUCAUGUGAUACUUGAUGAGGUGCACGAGCGGGACUGCGAUAUGGACCUUUCCAUGUGUUUGUUGAAGAUUGUGCUCAAAAAGCGAAAAGAUUUUAAAGUCAUAUUAAUGAGCGCGACAAUAGAUGCUGAAAAAAUAUCAGAAUAUUUUGAUAACUGCCCAAUGAUUCACAUUGAGGGUCUGGCGUACCCAGUCGAAGAUAUUUAUUUGGAAGACAUUUUGGAAGCAACAAAGUUUCAACUUACUGACGUGAAGAGCAAAGUGUUUAACAGACCUCAGCCAAAAUGGAUGAAACAUGCAGGGAGAAACGCGAAAAGUCGUGAUGCUAAAGAAAUUGAGAAGCAAGUGCAGUACAGGGCAGAAAUAAGUCCCUGGUUAGAAUCUAUAAAGAAAAAUAUAAGUCGUGAAGUCUACAACACAUUAGCUGAUCCUCGAAUCGAAGAGCUAGACAAGGGUCUAGUUGUUGCACUUUUAAAACACAUUGUAUACCAAAAGCCUCCAGGUGCAAUUUUGGUAUUUCUACCCGGAAUAGGAGACAUAACCAAAGUUAUGAAGUUAAUGGACGAUACCAAUGAGUUUCCUAAGAGCCUUUGUGAAAUAUACCCACUGCAUUCGAAGUUAGCUUCGUUGGACCAACGCAAGAUCUUUGAAAGGCCUCCGCCUCACAUGCGGAAGAUUAUAAUUGCGACUAAUAUCGCUGAGACUUCGAUCACUAUUGAUGACAUUGUGUAUGUUAUUGAUUGUGGGAAAGUGAAGAUGAAGGGCUUGAAUGUUGAGGACAAUAUGACUACCCUUAAAACUGAAUGGGUUUCUCAGGCCAAUUUAAGACAAAGACGCGGGCGCGCCGGUCGUUGCCAACCAGGUGUCUGCUAUCACCUCAUUACCACAUAUCGUGCCUCUACUCUGGCCGAACGUAUACUGCCCGAGUUGCAACGAAGUGACCUUUUGGAACCAGUGUUGUGUACUAAGAGAUUGAGAUUGGGUAAAGCUGGCAUUGCGCUGAAUAUGGUGCCAUCGCCGCCUGCGCAAUCCACUAUUGAAUGGGCUGUGCGACAUUUGCAACAAUGCGGAGCACUCGACGAUGAUGAGAAACUAACACCUCUGGGAUGGCAUUUGGCAAGAUUGCCAGUGCACCCGGCUGCAGGAAAACUUUUAUUACUGGGAACUCUGUUCGGCUGUCUAGAUCGCGCUGCCAGUGUCGCAGCCGUAUGGGGAUUUAAAGAUCCAUUUCAAUUGGUCAUUGGAAAAGAAAGAGAAGUCGAUGCAGUUCGAAUACGUCUAUCUCAAGGGGAACCAAGCGAUCACGUCGCUAUCUCUGAAGCGAUUAUCCAAUGGGAAAAAGCGUCACCACACAGAAGAUACUCAUUCGCAUUUGAACACUUUCUGUCGCACAGUACAGUAGAGCUGUUAUCCGAAAUGAAAUCGCAACUGGGUGACAGUUUAAGACAAAUGGGGUGGUUGGCAUCAGGGGAUGUUAAAUCCGGAUGGGAGAACCGUAACGCGGACAAUCUCAGCUUGUUCAAAGCUAUUGUUGCUGCGUCUCUGUACCCCAAUGUGGUUUCUGUGAAAUGGCAUAAUAGACGGAAACGGCCAGGGGCAGUCCGCGUUGUGACUGCAGAAAAAAGUCAUGUAUUCGUUCAUCCCAGCAGCGUUAUUGCUGGUAGCGCUCGAAUCAACCAGCCAAUGAGGGUGACUGGAGGCAACUGGAUGGUCUAUUGGCUAAAACAGAAGACCAGUGAAGUGUAUUUGUUCGAAGUCAGCAUUAUCUACACUUUGCCUCUGCUAUUUUUUGGCGAAUUGAAAGUUUGUCCGGAAUCCGAAGAUUUUGUACCUGUGCUUAAAACACUGGACGAUGAAGUUAACUUUUCAAUAUCAACAGCGAAAGUGCGGUGUCAGAGACAAACAGCACAAUUAUUGUUUGAACUGCGCUCGUUACUGGACCAAGUAUUAGCUUCCAAGGUCAUGAGCAAGUCUGAUCAUGCGACACCACGUAGUGACUUUGAACAGUGCGUUUUGAAUUCUGUGGCCGACCUAAUAACGGCGGAAGACGAAGGCGCGGAAUACCUGGACGAUGUUUCCGAUUCCGACCAAUCUGUGUCUAGUGUUCAAUAUUAGAACAUACAUGAUAAUAUUUUCUCAACUUUUAUUCAAUUGACUGUUUGUAAGAAGUGUAUAAAGUAAAGCCUGACGAUUUAUUGUAAUUAAUAUAUUACUUGGGCAUUACGUACACAUACUUGUGUAUAAUCAAUACUUCGCUCUUUAUCAGAGAAUAACCGUUAAUACAGCUUCGUUUUACUGGAAUUUAUAAAUAUGUUUUAUUCUCCGCUUACUUGUACACUUUAGAAACUAACAGAAAUAGUUUUCUUAAACACUUUAACGGGUCAUUAAUUAGAAGAAAUAUUAGUUUAAAUUGUACAAUUUAAAGUUUGACAGAUAGUUCAUAGAAAAAGUGGUUUAAACAGCAACACUGCUCUGAUUCGCCUUACGCAGUUGCCUGCUGUUCUGUAAGAACAAGAAGCCAAUUCCUAAACGUUCGACUAUGUUACUAUAAGUAAGAACAUAGGGAGUGAUCGUGUAAAUUGACUGACAAUUAAAUAAUGAAUCUUUUAAGAAAUAUUUAGGGUAUAUAAAUAAAAAAUAAGUCGUUUUUUUGUUCUUUUUCUGAUAGGCAUUUACACACAUAUAAAUAAAGUCAAAUAUUAAUAUGUACUCUUGAAGUAAAAAGUUCGUAAAUAAUUCAUAUUUAUGUAUAACGAGGUAGCAACUGCCCGUAAUAGUUUACCAAAGACGAAAAAGGCCAGCAGUAUUUUUAUAGUUAUAACUUUGUAUAUAGCUACACUCUUUCGCGCGUUGAUAUAAUAUUCAAUAAAAUGUCUAAUUUCUCCGCCUGCUUUAGACUACAUAGCAAUCAACUCGCCCUCGAUUUAAUUAAGAAUUUUGUGAUUUUACAUUGUUUGUAUGUAAAACAUUAUUUUAAUGGUCGUCUUUUACUUUUAUUUCAUUAAAUCAAAGCAAUAAAAUGUUAAUAUCCAGAAACGAAACAAUCCGUGAACCCUCAUUCUGUUUAAAUAGAAAUUAAGUUGAUGGGAUUUGUAAAUCAGUCUCAAAAUUCAAUGUCAUAAUCAUCAAUCAGUAUGAUCU